AGUUAUGUUCCAGAUCCGUUCAAGUUACGAGAAUUUGUUACAUCCACCCCUCCAGGGAAUGAACGUCUCUUCUGUACGAUGGUUCGUCACGGAGAGGAGACAUCUGGCGGCCAUUAUACACUGUACUUAGAGUAUCUUGGAGGUCUCAUCCCGCUUCUGAAGGGCAAACGUGCCAGUAAACUAAGGCCAGACUUUGUCGUUUACGAUCCGAAGAUUAAAACAAAGACUAAUCCUGAGGCAACCAAUGGAAAUGCUCAAUAUGAGCCUCAAUAUGAAACUGAUUCUGACUCUGACAGCGACAUUUCAACAGAUGGAUGUGGAUCUCCCAGAAUGCAACGCAAGAAGAGGCCAAAACAGUUUCGAGCUGCCAAAGUUGAAAGAUCUAUAACAUUCCGAACCCUUGAUGAACUACUCUAUAAUGACAGUCUACCAGAGAGCUCCAAACUAUUGGAAGUGACAUCCAAUAUAUGGGGAACAAAGUUCCAUAUCACAGGAACAAUGCCAUUCCUGCCUGAGGAUCUAGGCCAUAUCCUCUACAAGACAAGUCUGCUUCAUCUCCAGCCACGACAGAUGACCAUCACGGUCACCGAGAUACGUAGUGAUGGACAGCUUCUCAGCCGCGACCCCAACUUUUCACCAGCUCGGGCCAUAGAGGAGGAGAGCGAUCAGUCAUCUUUUGAUGAAAUGUUGUAUGAUGGUGGGGACUACUGUCAUGACGAAGGGAUCCUUGUUGUCACAGAAACAGCUGUUGCUGGCAGCAACAACAAAAAUCAAGUUGUGGUCGAUGUGCUUCCAUCCAAUUCUUCAACCAAUCACAGUGAAGAUAACAAACCCUUCUUGGACCUGAUGAGUGAAAGUUGCGGCAUUAGUAAUGUUUUAGUUGGUACGGAGCGACCUUCAAGGACGCCAAACAUGAAAAAUAGGUCACUGUCACCUGCUACAGAAUCUCUUGCUCAAAACAAUGCCUUUAAUUGUGACUCCAAUGCAGUGCUCAAAGAUAAAUAUGUCGGCCAAGGGGCCAAGCCAAAGGUGAAAAACUUCCCUUUUUCCACAGGAUCUCAAAUGACAGAAGUAAACAUUUCUUCUGCUUCAGAGGAUGGCGGUAAUUCCGAAUUAAACCACAGUCCCACCAUGAAUGGUGUUAUGCGAACAAGUUUACAUAACGAAGUAGAAGACAUAAUGAAAUACGAUGAGGAAAACCGGUGGGCAGAUCGUGCCAAUUGUGGAAUUAAAUUUAUUGAUGAUGAUAAGGAUUACAGUAAAACUGUGGAGACAAACCACGAAAAUACAGUGAUAUGUGAUUCUAGUCAACUGACACCAACAUCAAACCUCACGUCAGAACAUCAAAAACGUUUGUAUCUCGCAGCAUCAGAGGAAUUACUAAAGGAUGCUGGGAAAGAUGUUUCCGAAUUAUUAUUUGACAGGCGAGAAAGUGUUGAUUCCUUAGCAACAGAGGAUGAUAGUGUUGAUUUCAUGGAUUCGCACACCAAUUUGACGGAUAACGAAAGUAUAACAAGCAGUCCUUCAUAUUCACCUAAGUCACACUCAUGCAAUCUCAAAACUAAGGAUUUCUUUGGUGAUGAUGAACGCAGCACCAGUCUCCACAGAGAUCCGUUUUCUAUAAGCACCCCAGACUUCGAAAUCAAUCACAGUGCUUCUCUUCCAGCAUCCCCUAUCAGGAGAAGUCCGAAAGGGGAUUCUCCAACAAGGAAACUUCGAGAGGAAGUUCUUAAAGGCAAAUGUAAACAUUACAGCCCGAUAUUCAAACGCAAGUCAAAAUACUCUUCAGCUCAGUUGGAAAGUUCCGAUGAGGAUCUCUCAUCGUCUGUGGAGGAAAUCCGUUUUACUCACAAUUAUAAAAAUCUAGAAUCAUUCCAGAAGGCUCAAUUUAAACAAAAGUUACGAAAAGUGCGACGCAAGAGUGAGGAGAGAUCAAGCUUUCCACAGAUGGGGAUGCGACAAUUUGUGAUGCAUAACAAGGCCCCACUCUGGAAUGAAAACAGUCAGGUUUACCAACUGGACUUUGGGGGACGGGUCACGCAGGAGUCGGCGAAAAACUUCCAGAUAGAGUUCAGGGGCCGGCAGGUUAUGCAGUUUGGUAGAAUAGACAGUAAUGCCUACACGCUGGACUUCCAGUAUCCGUUCACUGCCAUACAGGCGUUCGCUGUUGCCCUGGCCAACGUUACACAAAGACUCAAAUGAAAAGCUCAAUGUUCAAAAACGGACCUCGCAGUGAAGGAGAUAUGUGACAUCACAGCAAACAAUUACAGUUGUAAUGUUGUAAAACCAACCGAUAAACAGGAGUAAUUGUCAGCGAUGAGAGCCAAGAAAAACAAGGGGAGAUCAUUCUGAACCUUUUGUUCUAGAUGGAGACUUCUUCUUGUGGUUGACUGUGUCCAGGUUGGGAGAUUACAUCUAGUAGUAAACAGAGACAGCUGGAGAUCAGUCUCUUACAUUCUGAGGUCCUGCCUACCUUUAACUUUGACAAAGAACUCAGCCUAAAGCUCAAAAGGGCUUGCAAGCAGACAUCACUAGGAAAAAAUUUACAUAGAUAUCUUACUUUAUGUU